CUUUUGGCCUGAGUCUUUUCAACCGAUGCCUCACCGCCCGCUGAGCCCGUUCAUCCCAUCCCAGUCCCCAUAAAAGAUAGAAAACCCUAGGUAAUCAAUCUUCUGAGACGGAGAAGAUGGUGUUCUACUUCAAAGCCCGUCCCGAAGCGGGAGAUUACACCAUCUUCAUGGGCCUUGACAAAUAUGAGAACGAAGAUCUCAUCAAAUACGGCUUUCCUGAAGAUAUCUGGUUCCAUGUUGACAAGAUGUCUUCAGCUCAUGUUUAUUUGAGGUUGACAAAGGGUCAGAGCAUGGAUGAUAUACCUGAAGGUGUACUCGAAGAUUGUGUACAACUGGUGAAGGCAAAUUCCAUCCAAGGAAACAAGCUGAACAAUGUUGAUGUAGUGUACACCCCUUGGCAAAACCUGAAAAAGACUUCUUCUAUGGAGGUUGGCCAAGUUGCUUUUCACAACACCAAAAUGGUGCGUACUAUUAGAGUGGAGAAGAGAAUUAAUGAUAUAAUAAAUAGAUUGAACAGGACAAAGGUUGAAAGAAAGACUGACUUGAAGGCUGAGCGUGAGGCCGUAAGUGCUGCUGAAAAGGCAGAGAGGAAGCAUCAGCUGAGGGAGAAAAAACGUCGUGAGGAGAUGGAACGGCUGGAAAAGGAGAAGCAUGCUGAGUUGAGGAGCUACAAAAAUCUGAUGGUGGCUGAGAAGAUGACAUCAAACAAAAACAUUGCUUCAACUGGAAAAUCGCUGCAAGAACUGGAAGAAGACUUCAUGUAAUGGCCCCACCCUGGUAUUCUGUGAUAACUCAACUUUUUAUAGCAAGGUGUAGAAAUAAUUAGUUGGAAAAGGAGGCCAAGGAAGAAUUGUGGAGUAUAGUAGGGGAUGUGUGGGGAUGAUUGGGCAAGUUUAUGUUGCUUUGUGUAACUUUGAUCUCUUUGCUGAUCUUAUAGUUUAUUUUAAAUCUACUCCUGACAUUGAACAAAGAAGAUUCUUCUAUGACACUACAAAGAAUCAAAGAUGAUGCUGAUUUUUCGUCUCUUGCUCUUUGUGGGUUGAAUUCUGCCAGCCUUUUCUAUCCUACCCCCGCCGAUAAUGACC